AUGUUUGCUGGACAAAUUCAAACGCCCUCCCGAGAUUUGCCACACAUUCUUCACAACUACGAAGACCUCAUUGAGGAAGGGUUAGUCCGUUGUUCUAAGGUCAAAGUGCAGCUGCAGUUCCAGGCUGAAGCAAGGCCCAAAUUUUGUAAGGCAAUACCUAUCCCGUUUGCUCUUCGUGCAGCCGUCGAAAAGGAUCUCGAGAGACAAGUCAAUAAUGGAGUCUUGACACCAGUCGAAGUUUCUCACUGGGCUACACCGAUGGCGGCAGUACCAGAACCGAACGGACCAGUUCGUGACUGCGGCGACUGCAACGUCACUUUGGAACUCGAUGAACAAGCCAAGGAAGUACUGGUUGUAAAUACCCAUACGGGGGAAACGGGGUCUGUUCCGUUUCAACAGGAUGCCUUUUGGGACUUCCUCAGCUCCUGCGAUCUUCCAGAGGAACAGGUUACUGCUGGUUUAAAUGGAGUAGCCUGUUAUCUUGAUGAUAUCAUUGUCACCGGAAACACGGAUGCUGAACAUCUCGCUCAUCUGGACGCAGUACUGCAAAGGCUUCGAGAGUAUGGAUUCCGGCUCAAGCAACAAAAGUGCGGAUUUCUUAAACCCGAAGUGGAAUACCUCGGUCAAGUGAUAUCGGCAGAGGGUUUCAAGCCAUCACCCAAGAAAGUGCAGCUACGGAAAGAUGUAGCGUGGGAAGGGUCAACGCCAUGCAUCCAUGCCUUUGAAAAGAUCAAACGUCGGAUAGACUCUAAAGGAAUACCGGUCACGGCAGCAAACAGAAUGCAGCGUUGGGCUCUGACUCUUCUUGGUCACGCCUUCGAUAUUCUGUACAAGCCAACAGCUCAAUUUGAGAAUGCAGACGGUCUUUCCAGACUCCCAGUUGCACCAGAUUCUGACUUCGACGCGGCUAUGUCGGACGUCCCCUUCGUCGGGGGAAUUGGGCCUUUGCAGGUCUCCUCUGUCCUGUCAAUGGCUAUAGAGAAAGUUCCUGUGAAGGCGUCAGAAAUCGCCAAGGCCACUGCAACAGACCGUGUUCUUUCCCGAGUGUACCGCUGUACGUCGUGGAAGGCCGGCCUUGUCACGAAAGAGAUCCAGAGUUACAAGCAUUUCACGCAAGGAAAUCGGAGCAAACAAAAGAGAAAGGAUGCAUCGUAUGGGGUAUGCGAGUUGUCAUACCUUCCCAGCAGCGCGACGUUGUCCUGA